CGACACAGAAUACUCAUUUUAUAAAUAUCAUAAGAGUACACAUGAUCAUUAUCGAUACACUAGCAUGAGCUUAAUUAUUCAAUAUCCAACGGGAUACGUUCACUGAGUCGACGGUGGGAGGAAUGGUAACGGAGGAAACCUAAAUCCAGGGAAACUGGGAAUAGUUACCGGAGGUAAUGGCGGGAACGGUAAUGGAAGACCGGGAAUACCUCCUCCUGAUGGAGGGAAUGGAAACGGAAGUCUAAAACCAGGCGAACCGGGAAUACCGGGAAUACUUCCUCCUCCAGGUGAUGACGGGAAUGGA